AUGGGUUCAAAUGUUAGCCGUAAUGAUAUUCAUAAUUCAUCAAAUAGUACAAAAACUAAUAGCAGUAGUAUGUCGUCAAUCAGUGGCAAUGGACCUAUAAAUAAUUCGAAUAUCAAUCAAGAAAAAUCAACUUGUGAAUCAGCCCAAUCACAUGUCUAUAUUAAAGAUAAAUUUCGAUUAGAAUUUCUUGAUUGUAAUUGUUGUUGUGAUACGACAAAAAAAAUACCCAAUUCUGAUUUUCAAGGUAUCAAUGUGUUACGAGAUCUAUAUGAGAUGGUUGUAGCACCUGAAUAUAAACUUAAUUGCCAAUGUUCAUGCGGUGACGAUAUCGGUGAUGCAAAACAAUCAAUUAAAUUUAGUUUAACAGGUUCUCCACAUAUACAGUUAACAUGUCAUGAACCUGAUAUAUCUAAUCCAACAUCUAGUGACUCAGAUAUAAAACAAUGA